CUAUGGACGGCAGCGGGCCCUUCAGCUGCCCCAUCUGCCUGGAGCCGCUCAGGGAGCCGGUGACUCUGCCCUGCGGCCACAACUUCUGCCUGGCCUGCCUGGGCGCGCUCUGGCCGCACCGAGGCGCGGGCGGCGCGGGCGGACCCGGCGGCGCGGCGCGCUGCCCGCUGUGCCAGGAGCCCUUCCCCGACGGCCUGCAGCUCCGCAAGAACCACACGCUGUCCGAGCUGCUGCAGCUGCGCCAGGGCUCGGGCCCCGGCCCGGGCCUGGCGCCGGCCCCCGAGCCCACGGCCCCCAGCGCGCCGCCCAGCGCCCCGGAGCCGACGCCCAGCGCCCCGGAGCCGUCGGCUCCCUGCGCGCCCGAGCCGUGGCCCGCGGGCGAGGAGCCGGUGCCAUGCGACGCGUGCCCCGAGGGCGCCGCGCGCCCGGCCGCGCUCUCCUGCCUCACCUGCCUCGCCUCCUUCUGCUCCGCGCACCUGGGCCCGCACGAGCGCAGCCCCGCGCUGCGCGGACACCGCCUGGUGGCCCCGCUGCGCCGGCUGGAGGACAGCCUGUGCCCGCGCCACCUGCGGCCGCUCGAGCGCUACUGCCGCGCCGAGCGCCUGUGCCUGUGCGAGGCCUGCGCCGCCCAGGACCACCGGGGCCACGAGCUGGUGCCGCUGGAGCAGGAGCGCGCGCUCCAGGAGGCUGAGCGGCCCAAGGUCCUGAGCGCCGUGGAGGACCGCAUGGACGAACUGGGCGCUGGCAUCGCACAGGCCCGGCGCACGGUGACCCUCAUCAAGAGCGCCGCCGCAGCGGAGCGGGAGAGAGUGAGCCGGCUGUUCGCGGAGGCCGAAGCCACCCUGCAGAGGUUCCAGGCCGAGGUGCUGGGCUUCAUCGAGGAGGGCGAGGCCACCAUGCUGGGCGGCUCCCAGGGCGACCUGCGGCGGCAGGAGGAACAGCGCAGCCGGCUAAGCCGCGCCCAGCACAACCUCAGCCAGGUCCCCGAGGCAGACUCAGUCGGCUUCCUGCAGGAGCUUCUGGCCCUCAGGCUGGCCCUGGAGGAGGGGUGCGGCCCGGGGCCCAGUCCCCCGUGGGAGCUCAGCUUCACCCAGUCAUCCCAAGCUGUUCGGGCUGUGAGAGACGUGUUGGCUGCAGCCUGUGCCAGCCAGUGGGAGCAGCUGCGGGGGCUGGGCAGUGACGAGGACGGGCCUCGGAAGCCAGGCAUGGAAGACGCAGAGCUGCCGGACCCCGACAGCUCCGACCCUCUGGAGAGUGAGCCCCCCAGGGAUUACUUCCUCAAGUUUGCCUACAUCGUGGACCUGGACAGCGACACCGCAGACAAGUUCCUGCAGCUGUACGGGGCCAAAGGGGUGAAGAGGGUGCUGUGCCCCAUCAACUACCCUGAGUCGCCCACCCGCUUCACCCACUGUGAGCAGGUGCUGGGGGAGGGUGCCCUGGACCGGGGCACCUACUACUGGGAGGUGGAGAUCAUCGAGGGCUGGGUGAGCGUGGGAGUCAUCACCGAAGACUUCUGCCCGCAAGAGCCCUACGACCGGGGCCGGCUGGGCCGCAACCCGCACUCCUGCUGUCUGCAGUGGAACGGCCGCAGCUACUCCGUCUGGUUCCAUGGGCUGGAGGCGUCCCUGUCCCAGCCCUUCUCGCCCACGGUUGGGGUCUGCCUGGAAUACGCCGAUCGCGCCCUGGCCUUCUAUGCUGUGCGGGACGGCAAGAUGAGCCUUCUGAGGAGGCUCAAGGCCUCCCGGGCCCGCCGGGGUGGCGCCCCAGCCUCCCCCAUUGACCCCUUCCAGAGCCGCCUGGACAGCCACUUUGCCGGGCUCUUCACACGCAGGCUCAAGCCAGCCUUCUUCCUGGAGAGCGUGGAUGCCCACCUGCAGAUCGGGCCCCUCAAGAAGUCCUGCAUAUCUGUGCUGAAGAGGAGGUGAUGCUGGGGGGCACGCCCCCCCCCAGCUGUUUCAGCUCCCAGGAAGCUUGCUUCUCCGUGCUCCCAUGAGCCCCAGGGAAGGCACCAGGCUUGGAGGCCCCCAUAUCUCCAGCCUUCUCACUUCUAGAGGCCUCUGCCUUCCAGACAAUGGGGCUUCCACUUCUCAGGGAGGAGGCCCACCCCGGAUCCCUUCCGGUGCCCCUCAGACCCUGUCUCCCUAUAGCCUCAUUUCAGGGAGAGGGCGUGUGGCUGGGACAGAUCCAAGCUACCCCAUCCUCCUGUUCCAGGUUCCUGAGACAGUGCCUGGCAUACAGUAGGUGCUCAAUAAACGUUGAUGGAAUGAACGACUCCCUUUUCUCUCCUCCGCCCACCAAGAAUUGCCAGUACCUCUCAUCUUUCAAGAGCUGGGCUUGAAAGGCAGGAGAUGGGAGCCGAGGCCAUUGGUCCUAGGAUGCCAGUUGGGAGGGAAAUGCUGGUUGAGAAGGAGAGGGCUAGGAUGGGGUCUCUACCCUAUGGGCCCCCCACUUUCUGGUUCUGGGCAGGUCCCACCUAGAGUCAUUCUGGCUGCCCGAAUGUUUGCUUUGGUUGGGCUGGUUCCCAGGGGCUAUUUUCAUCCCGUUCCGGGCCGCCCUGUGGUCUCUGUGCCCAGGAAGAAAUGCAGACGUUGCCCCCAGAAAGCAGGGCACGGCUUCGGGGCGUGGGCAAGCUUGAGACCUAGAACUUGUGUCACACACGCACCUUCUCAGCCUGGGAAGGGAUGUGGCUGCCGUCCCCGGGUGUGGCUGGAGGUGAGAACAUCCACAGUAAAAAUAAUGGGGUUCGGAUGUUAGGGUUUGGCGCAUGGGGUUCUUGGGUCCCUCUGGGAAAGAUUUCAGCAGUUGCCCCUCCGCAGCACCGGCCAGCUUCUUCGGGAGAAAGACAUUCGCUUAGACACUAACAGGCAAAGGUUUAUUCAGAAAAAGAGACACCUGCAUAGACACAGGUGGGCCGUCUUGGGGGCAGGAGCUGCAUUUUGCAAAAGCAAGGGGUGUUUUGUACAGUGUUCUUGCAUGU